AUGGCUCUGAACGUGGACUUUAACGCGCUGAAGGCCCGGACUAUGGGGUCCGGUGCCGAUGAAGAAGCAGUGACGGUCGAUACCAGGGGAUUGAUUUCGAAAGUUCUUGCCCGGUAUUCGGGGAAAUGGACUGUUCUACGAGAAAUGAUUCAAAACGCGGCCGAUGCCUCCGCAUCUAAAGUGACUAUCAAAUUCGAGACUCUACCUUCGACAACGGUACCCUCUCCCAGUGUCGACCGACCCAACAACCCAACUGAAACAUACCAUCUCAAACCACACCCUUCGUCGUCUCCUCAUAUCGAACAACGCGAGAAGGACUGGGCACGAUUAAAACGCAUUGCGGAUGGCAACCCAGACGAGACCAAGAUCGGUGCGUUUGGUGUUGGAUUCUACAGUGUUUUUGAUGACUGUGAGGAACCAUUUGUCUCCUCGGGUAACCAAGCCAUGGCCUUUUACUGGAAAGGCAAUGGGCUUUAUACUCGCCGAUUGGAUCUGGGCGAUACCCCAAACAAAGACACCACGUUUGUGCUGGAUUACCGAAACGACUCUUCUCCUAUACCGUCAUUGAUGUCGCUUUGUCAGUUCCUGUCGAGCAGUCUGACAUUUGUUGCCUUAGAAGAGAUCGAGCUCAUAUUGGAUGAUUGGAGUCUGUUGAGGCUAUCCAAAAAGACAGCACCAGGCGUCAAUGUACCUAUCCCCAGAGAUAUUGAGACGAAGACUGCAGAAGGGUUGAUGAAAGUCGCCGGUAUCACCCAAGAAAUUGCGCAAGUGGAUGCAGCCUGGAUGCGGAUUGUCGAGUGGAAUCCGAACGCAAGCAUAUUCCGUCUUGAUAACCUUCGGGACACGACUAGCUCUCUUCGCAGCUUUUUCUCGAAAUUCACCGGCCAACCAGAAAAGUCAACAACUGUUCAGCAAGCAGAGCGUCCCGAAGAGCCAAGUAACAUGGCCACCAUGGUGACCGCAACCGUGUUCUUGCACAUCAAUACAGCCUCGAUCCUACCUUCGGUUAGCCAUUCUCUGAGCAAAGAACUUGAAAGAGCCACCCGCAAACCACCGCCCAAGAAAGCGACCAUCGCCAUUUUAACACCGUCUUAUGAUGCCAAUAUCGCAUCAGGAGCAUCUGCUUCAGAAUCCGAAAUUCUUGCGUCCAUAUUGCCCUCGAAGUCAGGGAGGGUUUUCAUUGGCUUUCCUACUCAGCAGACUACUGGUCUUAACGCUCACGUAUCUGCACCAUCUGUCAUCCCAACGGUUGAGCGAGAAAGUAUCGAUCUAAACACUCGUUAUAUCAGUAAAUGGAAUCUCGAGAUGUUACGAGCGGUUGGUGUUGUCUGCCGCAUUGCCUGGUCGGCCGAGAUGUCCACCAUCAAGAGUAAAAUCGCAUCUAAACUCCCACCAUCCCGCUCAAAAAUCCGAAAAGAAGACAUUGUCGAUGUACUCCCCGAGGCCAUACACACUGCGAACCAGUUCGUGUUUCGCGAAUCGACGCCCUCUUCCGUCUUGGGUCAGACCAUUGAGGAUGCUUUCUGGAUGUGCAACAAGAACGCUUCCAUCGAGAUUCUUUCUACUUGCGGUGUCAUCCCAAGUCACCAGACACGAAUCGCUCCCAAAGACCUCAGCUUCAUGGAUUCAAUUCCUGCUCUGCCGGAUGACUUUGUGAACGGUGCCAAGGAAUUUGUCGAAAGAUUAACAUCAUUUGGGUUGGUAACAGAUAUCACAGUGUGGGACAUCAAACGUGAAUUGGAGUCCAGCACCCUGCGAUCAAGCCAAGUGGUCGAGUUUCUGACCUGGCUCGGCCGCAAAACUGUGUCUGGACAACUUGAUAGGCUUUCCGUUCAAAGUCUUCUCCGGGUUGCGGUUGCCAAUGAUGAGGACAAGGAAGGACAAGCGACACGCUUGAUCAUAUUUGCCGAUAUCACUAGCUUUUUAAACCCUCAACGGAUCCCAUCUGAACUUCCAGUUCCAUCCUCCGUGGUACCUUUCCGAUUUACGAAGUCAUUGAGCAAACAAGAACUCGAGAGUUUGGGAUGGGUUGAGCUGCACAUAGUGCCUUGGCUGAGCUACCUUGUCAACAAGGCCGGGGAUCGUAACCUUCUCAGCGCAGAUCAAGAUCUCACGCAAAGUUCCACUUUUGCUGGCCAGGUUCUGCCAGUUCUGUCGAAGUCAUGGGAUGUCCUCAGCCCUUCUGGCAAACAGUCUGUUGUCAAUACCCUUCAGACUCAGACUAUUAUUCCAACCAAACUUGGAAUGAAGCAGCCUGGGCAGACAUAUUUUGCCUCUGUGCGCCUAUUUGACGACCUUCCGAUUGUGCAUGGUCUAAAUGGCGUCAAAGAGAAAUUUUUGGUAGCGCUCGGUGUCCGCAAAACGGUUGAGCUUGGUGUUAUAUUUGACCGUCUCAUCAAUGCUGAGCCUGUCGAUGCUAAAAGCGCCCCGGCACGCAAGUGGAACCACGUGGAUCUGAUCCGCUAUCUUACAUCUGUUCGUGAGGAUAUCCCUGCGAACGAUAUCCAAAGGCUCAAAAACACCAGCAUCUGCACUGCGGAGAGCACGAAAGAUAACCAGGUUGCGUCUGGGUCUCGCUACAAAAUAUCUGAACUCUACGAGCCCAAGGAUUCGCUCCGAGCUUUGGGUCUUCCAGUGAUUGAAUGGCCAGGGAUCUAUACUAGCACCAGCAACGAGGGCAAAUUUCUCUCAAUGAUGGGCUUGAAAACUUUCCCAUCUGGCUCUGAACUACUUCGUCUUAUGAUUUCAAGCGACCAGGAAAAGGAUACUGGACGAAAGAACAAGGCAUUAUCGUACUUCCUCAACGAGUAUCAUACCAACGGCUAUGAUGCAUUCGACAUACGCGCAGUCACUGUCCCCUUCCUGCCAGUUGAAGGGUCGGAAAGUCUAAGCACGUCCAAGAAAUGCUUUACAGACGAGGGGGCAUCUCUGUUCGGAUUUCAUAUUCUCGAGAAACGUCUUCACCCACAUGCCCUUAAGUUAGGGGUUAAACCCCACCCGCCUAUGACAGAAUGUCUUCAAAUACUCAUUCGCAAGCCUCCCACCAGCCAGAAGGAGGCCAGGAUCAUUUUCAGAUACCUGGCAGGCAGAGUCUCUGAUCUCAAUUCGCAGGACAUCGAGCGUGUCGGCAGUGCCCCUAUCAUUCCUAUCGCUGUCAAGGAUCACUCGGAGAAGAGCUCUGGGACCCGACUUGUUGCGCCGAGACUUUGCUAUCUCGGCGAAGGCGAAGAUUACAAAGACAUCUUUGACUUUGUUGACUUUGGGCAAGAAGCCAACCUUUUCCUCAUGGCUGUCGGCUCGAGGCGGGAGCCUACCAAGACCGAGAUUGCACGAAUGCUUGUGAAAGAACCCGCUCGCGUCUCGUCUGCAUUCCAGAGCUCAGAAAAGUAUUUGAUGCUUCUGAGAACUCUUGCGGAACAUCUUCCUAUCCUUAAGAAGGACAAGGAACUUUUUAGCGAGAUGAAGAGGGCGAAAUUUCUUCUAGCAAGCCGUGAUAUUCCUCCUCAGCAAAGUGGCAAAGGAGCAUCUGCUGAGAAGGCUCUUCCGGACCUUGAUGAAGAUUUGGACAUCAGGGAAUGGAGCCUUUCAUCAGCGAGAGAUGUCGUUGUCGUGGACGAUUUCCAAAGCUUCAAUCUUUUCAAAGAACACAUCCAGGCCGCACCGCAAGAGGAAACGCUGGAAAAUUUCUACGUCGCCCUUGGUGCCAUUCCUUUGAGUACACUUGUUGAAGAACAAGCGCGAUUCGGUGGCGUGGCAGUGGACCAAAGUUUAGGAGCCAAGUUACACAAGAUCAUUCUGGAGCGCGCUCGGCUCUUCUUACACGACCAGCCCGCAGACGCCAUCCAGCAUGGAUCCCGAUGGCUUGAGAACAGCUUUUCGGUGCAAGUCGUCAACUCGAUCUCUCUCACACGAUCACUCAAGGGUCGACGUGUGUCGCAUACACAAAAGCGAAACGCUAUUGUUGCACGUCUAUCAAGCAAUUGGGGAUUAUGCAUAUACCCUGGCAAAUAUGACCUGUAUGAGAUCAGUCAAUCGCUCGUCCAUUUGAUCCUUAAGCGUCCAAAGCUCCAUUCAACUUUGACACUUGAGAUGCUACUGAAAACAGACCUCUUGGAGCUCCGUGCUCGAGGCUACAAUGUGGAACGUAUCCUUCGACAGAAGGCCCAAGAGGCACGAAUGGCAGAGGACAAGCGACAAAAGCAAUUAGAGGAAGAGAGACGUGUUCUUCAAGAGAGAGAAGCUGAAUGGGCAGCCGCGCAGGCUCAGCGAGGCAAAGAAGAACGUCCUCCGAAAGAAGAACGACUGGAGGACUCUCGGCCAAAAUCUCAAUCUCAAAAUGCAAUGCCUGGCGUCUUUCCUGAAUCGCCCAACAGCAAGCAACCAGCGGCGGAGACACAGGUUGCUCCAACUGAACCUCCCAUGCCAGAUCGUGCCCCUCGCGGUCUUUUUGCAAACUUGCAGAAGCGUUUUGGGUUGGACGGGAAUCGUUCGGGCUCAAGUGCAGAGCCCGACGGGCAGUCUCAAUCAUUGCUUCCUGAAUCCUCAACUCCCCCUCCACCACCCUACUCCCCCAACCCCACGGAUUCCCAGCAGCCGCGUCCAGAACAGCCUGUCAACGUUAGCUCCCCGCAUCAACUGAACCGACAACUUCUUUCUGCCGUGCAGGCAUGCCGACCUCAUGGAUCAUCCGAUGUCUUCAGUCGGCCAGAGACAAAUCAGAUCUCGGAAAGCAAAUCUUAUUGCGAUGAACGACCGAGUCAUGACUUGGAGUUUGUUGCCAGUCUCCCCAGCGGUGUCAAUGUUUUGUUCGUCAGAACCAUUACUGAUCGGUCUGGUUUCUUGGCGGCUAACCGUGCUGGAAUCAACAUCUUUGCAUCAAUCAUUCUCGACUGUGGUUCGAUCUUUGCUAUGCGUGCCGACAGCCUAAGCAUCUUUUACGACCCGGGCGGCAAAACGAUCGCAUUCAACCGAGCCGGUAGUAUUUUCUGCAAUUACUUCUAUUUCCAACAAUUGCACGAGCAGCCACUACUCCGAGGUCCCAAUCCAGAUCGGACGGAUGCAAUUGUUUACUGGUGGGUGAUCCUAUGCCAUGAGUUGGCCCACAACCUUGUGGGCGAUCACAGCUCAGCGCACAGUUACUACACGGAGAGCUUUGUGGCUCAAUAUUUCCCCAAAGUGGCCAGCAAGCUCGCCAGUCUCCAUACCGGCGCUGCUGUGUCCAACCCUUGA